AUGCUCUUCAUCUUCCUCAUAGUCUGUCUUCCAACAGCUCAGCUGCAGGACCUCCAGGGCCCCCAGGAGCAGUGUCGUGGUGGCUCCUGUAACCCCCAGCUUGGUGACCUGAUGGUGGGUCGAGCGGCUCAGCUGUCGGCCUCUUCGACUUGUGGUCUGGAUGGACCGCAGAACUACUGCAUCAUCGGAUACCUGGAGGAGGAGCAGAAAUGUUUCACAUGUGACUCUCGCCUGCCAUACAAUCAAUAUAACAACCCGAACAGCCACAGCAUUGAGAACGUCAUCACGACUUUUGACCCCGAGAGAAAACUGAAGUGGUGGCAGUCUGACAACGGAGUCCAUCAGGUGAGCAUCAGACUGGAUCUGGAGACCGUGUUCCAGUUCAGUCACCUGGUCCUCACCUUCAAGAGUUUUCGUCCGGCGGCCAUGUUGGUGGAGAGAUCGAAGGAUUUCGGACGAAGUUGGAAAGUUUUUCGCUACUUUGCAGAAGAUUGUUCACUUCAUUUCCCUUCAGUAUCUGAUCAGCCGGCCGACAGUAUUGACGACGUUGUCUGUGACAGCAGGUACUCCGGACCAGACCCGUCCACUGACGGAGAGGUGGUGCUGAAAGCUCUGGAUCCUAUCUUUGACAUAGAAAAUCCAUAUGCACCGAAUAUCCAAGAUCUGAUCACCUUGACGAAUAUUCGUAUAAACUUCACUCGUCUCUUCACGCUGGGCGACACUCUGCUGGGUCGCAGACGCCGGAACCCUCAGGACAAAUAUUACUACGCCCUUUACAACAUGGUGGUCCGAGGCAGCUGCUUCUGUAACGGGCACGCCAGCCAGUGUACCCCUGUAGACGGAGGACGAGGGGACGUCUUCACCCAGACUGGCAUGGUUCACGGUCAAUGUGUUUGUGAGCACAACACAGCCGGAGAGAACUGUGAGAGGUGUCAGGACUUUCACCACGACUCCCCCUGGAGGCCUGGAGGAGAAAACACAGAUCACAUCUGCAGGAGAUGUAACUGUCUCGGGCACUCAGACUCGUGCCACUUCGAUGACGCUCGUUUCCGAGCAACAGGUGGCGUGAGUGGUGGUGUGUGUGAUAACUGCCGGAAUGACAGGACGGGGCCUCAGUGUGAGCAGUGUCGACCUUUUAUGUAUCAAGAUCCACAAAGAUCGACAGACGACCCGCACGCCUGCAUACCAUGCGACUGCGACCAGGCCGGGUCUCAGGGUGGCGGCCUGUGCGAUGCUCUGAGUGGUCAGUGCGUCUGUAAGGAGAACGUGGAGGGUCCACGCUGCGACCGCUGCAAACACGGUUCCUUCAACCUGAGACAGGAAGACCCGGCUGGUUGUCAAGUGUGCAGGUGUCAUGCUUUGGGAAGUAUCGGAUCAUGUGAUCAGCUGACAGGAAGUUGUGAAUGUGACCGUUUGGCGGUCGGGCCGCUGUGUGAUCGGUGUCUGGCAGGUUUCUGGGGUUUGGGAAACUCUGUGUACAGAUGUUCACCCUGCGACUGUGACAUCGGAGGAGCUCACAGCACCGUCUGUACCUCAGAGGAUGGACAGUGUCACUGUUUACCCAACAUGGCGGGUCGAAGCUGCUCUGACCCCGCCCCCGGGUACUUCCUGCCUGCGCUGGACUACUACCUGUAUGAGGCGGAGCUCGCCGCUCCACUGCAUGGAGGAGGCUCUCCUCCUCCUCCUCCUCCUCCUCCUCCUCCUCCUCCUCCUCCUCCUCCUUCGCCUCCUCCCUUUCCUUCUCCUCCUACUACCCCUGCUCCUCCUCCUUCUUCGCUGCUGAAACCGAUGGUUUUACCUGAGUGUGAGAGGUAUUACAGAGAACAAGGUUACGACAUUAAGUUCUCUAACGGACAAUUCGUUCUGGUUCGGAGGAAUCGACGAGGCGCCCGCCGGAGGAGACAGGGACAGCAGAACAGCAUCCCUCUGGACCCGGGACAGGCCCUGCAGAUAAUUCCCCGUCAGAGGACGAAUGGGCAGCCGAUCACCUGGACCGGCCUGGGGUUCGUCAGAGUAUUGGAGGGGGCGGGGCUUAGGUUCACCGUGGACAACCUCCCGUCAUCGAUGGAUUACCAGCUGGUGAUUCGUUACGAGCCAGAGUCUCCUGAAGAUUGGCUGGCUUCAGUCAGCAUCAUCCCAGUGUCGUUGGGUGAUGGUGGCUGCAGCAGUGACCCAACAGGAACUAAAACUCUGAUUCUUCCCGGAAACUCCAGGGGGAGUAUUCUGGACUCUCCUGUAUGUCUGAACAGAGGUGGUCGGUACUUUGUUGAUGUGGUCUUUAAUAAACAGCCCAGAUCUGACAUCCCCUCUAGCUCACACAUCCUGAUCGACUCAAUGGGUCUGGUUCCGAGCAUCGAGUCUAUUCAAGAUUUCUGCUCCCAGAGCGACCUUGACUCUUUCCGUCGCUUCCGCUGCAUUGGAUUGGCUGCUGAGCUCGGUCCACAGGAGCCACCUCCAAAAGUCUGUGAAGGACUCAUCAAAAGCAUGUCGGCACGAAUCCACAAUGGAGCUGUUCCUUGCAGGUGUAACGUUGACGGCUCCCUUGGACCAUCGUGCAGUAAACUGGGAGGAUUCUGUGAAUGUAAACCCAAUGUGAUUGGACGCUGCUGUGAUACCUGUGCACCGCUUACGUUUGGCUUCGGAGCUGACGGCUGCAGAUCAUGUGAGUGCGACCCACGUGGCUCAGUGUCAGAGCUGUGUGAUCAGGUCAGAGGUCAGUGUGCGUGUCGUUCAGAAGUAACAGGACAACGAUGUGAUCGUUGUCAGACGGGAUUCUGGGGUUUCCCACACUGUCGACCAUGUGAAUGUAACGGACUGUCGGAUGUGUGUGAUGAAGAAACUGGAGAGUGUCUGAACUGCAGGGAGCACGCCACCGGACCAAACUGUGACAGGUGUGUUGAGGGUUACUAUGGUAACCCUGUCUCCAGACAGCCCUGUCAGCCCUGUCUGUGUCCAGACGUUCAGAACAGCGGACGAUUCUUCGCUGUAUCCUGCCAACACGACCCCCAAUCCCUCAGUCUGACCUGUAACUGCAGGGAGGGGCACACAGGUCAACGAUGCGACAGAUGCAGUCCUGGUUUCUUUGGCGACCUGGCUUCACCAGGCUCCAGCUGUCAGGAGUGUCCCUGCAACAACAACAUCGACCCCGACGACCACAAUGCGUGCAACAGACUGACGGGAGAAUGUCUUCGCUGUCUUCACAACACAAUGGGACCACGCUGCCAAGAUUGCAAACCAGGGUACUAUGGCGAUGCCGAGGACCAGGACUGCAAAGAGUGCUCCUGUGACCGGCGGGGAACGGAGGUGACACGUUGUCCCCUGGGGAGUCCCUGUUUCUGUAAUUCAAGGACGGGACAGUGUCCCUGCAGGCCGGGGGUGGUGGGCGUCCUCUGUGACGAGUGUGAGGACGGAUACUGGAAUCUGGAUGGAGCCUCAGGAUGUCAGCCCUGCAGCUGUGAUUCUGCAAACUCUUUCUCCAACAUCUGCAACAAGGUGACAGGACAGUGUCCCUGCCGUCCUGAGUUUGGAGGAAGACAAUGUGAUGAAUGUGGAGAAAAUCAUUUCGGGAAUCCAGACCUGCAGUGUAUCUCAUGUGACUGUAACAUGGAGGGAACUGAACGUCCGUCAUGUGACCCUGAAACUGGCGAGUGUAUCUGUAGGGUCGGUGUCACUGGUAUCUUCUGUGACGAGUGCGCCCCCGGCUAUGACUCGGCAUUCCCGGCCUGCGAGGAGUGCCACCCGUGCCACGACAUCUGGGCCAAAAACGUCAUUGAUGUCCAGCGAGCCGCCCAGAGGAUGAAAACCUACAUCCCUCAGCAUGGUGAAGACCUGCGGCCCAAAGACAGCGGCCAUCGGAAAUCGAUGCUGAGGAUGCACUCCAAGCUGGGCGGUCUGGCCAACCUGACAGAUCUGUCCCUGCCAAAGUUGGAGGAGAUGGAGGAGCUGUGUAUAAGGAUUGGGAAGAUGAAAGACGCCAUCAACCCAAACAUGAUUGUGGUCGACCUGUCUCCUCUACUCAACACAGAAAUCGACAACAUUCGUCUGGAUUUCAAGAAGCUGCUGAACAACCUGCAAGGGAACAUCAUCGAAGAUCCUGACGCUGAAGAUGAAUACCCAGAGGAGCUACUGGAGGAGAUCCAGAAGCUUCAUAAAGACUUCAUGUCGGACGAGAAGAGAGUGAGAAACUCCAAUAAAGCUCUAGAGGACUCCAUGGACACCAGACAGGAAGCCAAACGCAAACUGAACAAAUGCAGCAGCAAUGGAGACCUAGCACCGCUGGACAAGAAGGUCAAAGAGCUCAGCGUGAACAACCUCAAUCGAAAGAUUUGUGGAAGUCCGGGUCUGGAGGACUGUUCAGGAUGCGGUGGAGCUCUUUGUGGUCUGGAUCUUGGCAAAAGGAAAUGUGGAGGUCCAAACUGUGUAGGAGUGGUUCCUGUCAGUCAGAAAGCUUCAGAGACAGCAAACAAAGCCAAGGACCGACUCAAGACACUCCCAUCCAAUCUGCAGGACUCAGAGAAAAAGAUCUCUGAUGCCAAAAGGACAGCUCAGGACACCAAAGACCAGGCCAAAGACCUCCAGGAUAAGAUCAGUGACAACAUGGACUCCAUGGAGAGAGAGAAAGAUAGAAUCAAGGAGCUCCUCAAGCAAGUCAAAGACUACUUGAGGGAUGAAAUGGUUCCUCCAGAGGACAUCGAGAGAAUAGCCCGCGCUGUUCUGGCCAUCCAGCUGCCACGAUCACCUGAUCAGAUCCGAUCAAUGAUCGAUGACAUCAAUAAUCUGCUGUCAAACUUCACCAAUAUCCUGGACGACGUGAAGAACCUGGAGGAGCAAGCCAAGACUGCCCAGGACCUGUUGCAGGAAGCUCAGAAACUCAAGGAGCGGACAAAGGACAUUGAUGUGACGGAGAUCAGCAGAGACAUUUAUGAAGCCGAGAAAGCUCAGGACAAAGCCAACGAUGACCUGGAGGCAGCCAGCCAAGACCUAGACAUGGCCAAAGACAGAAUCCGUGAUGUGGAAGACAAACUGGACGAGAUCGAGACAAAACUGAUGAGUCGUCGACCGGAAGAUUUGCAGGAUGAGAUUGAAGCCCUGAAGAACAAAACUGAACAGAAUAGAGACGCAGCCAAAGACGCCAGAGACGCAGCAGACUCUGCUUUAAACCAAACUACCACCACAGAACCAGAGCUGGACAACGUGAUGCAGCUGUUUGAGCUUUUAAAGCAGAAGAACGCAGAUCAGCCGGUUCAGAGUGACGCCGAAGAACGUCUAAAGAAACUGUUGGAUGAGGCAGAGGACAUGAAGAGAUUUCUGGAGAACAAACUGCGAGAAAUACAAGAUCUGGAAAAGAGGAUCCAGUUCCUGAACGAGAACAAAAUGAAAAAAGCAGAAGAAGUGUCCACGAUGCUGGACAUUGUGGACAAACUGAGAAAGGAUCUCAACAAAAAAGCCGAAGCCUACCUCUCCUGCACAUAAAUACUACUGAGUUCCACAUACUGAAACACAGGUCGUGAUAAAUACUACUAAGCAGUGGUGAAAAAAGAAUACAGGUGCUUUAUUUAAGUAAAAGUACCAAUACUACAAUGUGAGAUUACUCCACUACAAGUAAAAGUCCUGCAUUCAAAACUUAAAAGUACAUAAAAGUACAACAGUAUCAGCAUCAACAUGUACUCUAAGUAAAAGUACUUGUUAUGCAUAAAGGCCCGACUCAGGUUGUCAAAUAUAUUUUAAAUAUAUUAUGAGAUUAUUAUUAUUGAUGCAAUUAUGUAAGCAGCUGUUUCUAAAUUGAUCAUGUCUUUUAUGUUUAAUCUUUGAAAAAAUUACCUGAAAAGUAAUUACAGUUGUGAGCUAAAUGUGGUGGAGUACGGUAAAUAAACAAUAUUUGCCUCGAAAUGUAGUGGAGAAGAAGUAUAAAGUUACAUAAAAUGGAAAUACUCAAGUAAAGUACAAGUACCUCAAAAUUGUACGUAAGUACAGUACUUGAGUAAAUGUACUUAGUUACUACAGAUCCUAUUUCUUAUAUUGUUAAACUUCAGAUUUGUUUGUUUUCGUGUGUUAUAAAACAGUUUUGUUAACAAUUAACUGAUAUUUUUUUCCAACUUGUG